GGAGAAAAAAAACCCAGUAACAGUGGAGAAACAACAGAGUGAUCAGAGGUUCAAGGAAUAAGCAAUAAACAACGAUCAUAAGUUUACGAAAAGGAAGUAAUAUUAUGAUAUAGGACCCACCCCUUCUUCUGUCCAUAUAAAAAGCAUGGGGCACAAGUUGAUAAUUCCCCCACCAGACCUCUUAACACCAUAAAUAUACUAUUCUAUCAACUGUGUCAGAGGUACAUGAUCGUUCCAAUUUCAAUCCACACAUAUAUAUAUAUAUAUCCCAACUCCAGCAAUUUCACAAACUCUAAUUUCCUCUUCUUUCCAAUUGCAUCACUUUUGGUGUUAGAUUUGGCGCAUGAUUGAAUCUUGAGAAGAUGUUUGAUGGAGGGGAAUUUUCUUGUACUUCUUCAGCAGCUGCUCUUAAUUCUGCAGAGUGUUUCAGUAGUAGCAGCUUUAGCAGUUUACCAUCCUCAAAGAAGAAGAAGGUUAAUAAUAAGAAUACGAGGAGGUUCAGCGAUGAGCAGAUUAAAUCAUUAGAAACCAUGUUCGAGAACGAGACUAAACUGGAGCCAAGAAAGAAACUGCAGUUGGCACGAGAACUGGGAUUGCAACCUCGUCAGGUUGCAAUUUGGUUUCAAAACAAGAGAGCUCGAUGGAAAUCCAAGCAACUUGAGAGGGAUUACAACAUACUUAAGUCCAAUUUUGACAAUCUUGCUUCCCAGUGCAACUCUUUAAAGAAAGAAAACCAAUCCUUGCUUUUGCAGUUGCAAAAGCUGAAUGAUCUGAUGCAGAAAGAAAGGGGACAGUAUUGUUCAAUUGGCUUUGAUCAGGAGUCGUAUAACAGAGACGAUAAUACUAUUAAGAAUAAGGAAAUGGAAGGGAAGCCAAGCUUGUCAUUUGACUUAUCAGAACAUGGAGUUAAUGGUGUAAUUUCAGAUGAUGACAGUAGUAUAAAGGCUGAUUAUUUCGGCUUGGAUGAAGAAUCUGAUCAUCUACUGAAAAUGGUAGAAGCAGGGGAUAGUUCUUUAACUUCCCCUGAAAACUGGGGCAGCCUAGAGGAUGAUGGUCUCUUGGACCAGCAACCUAAUAGUAGUAAUUAUGAUCAGUGGUGGGAUUUCUGGUCUUGAACCUUACUUAUUAUUGGACCAUAGACAAAAAUAUACCCAUCUAAACCGUUGGCUUUGAGGGGGAAGUUUAUAACAUAUAACCAGAUGCCAGCGUCUGUACAUUUAGUCCUUACUUUCACACCAUAAGUGGCUGAGUGACAUAGUUGAGUUUACCUCAGCUUACGGCCAUAGCACUACUAUGGAGAGAAAAAACUGAAUGCUUUUACCAUAAUAGAGGAUUUGCGACCAGAAGCCCUUUUCUACUGGAAAAUUGUAGUCUCGCUCAAUCUUGUACUAGUAUUAGUAGUGGAUCUCGAUAGUGGUUUUAGUAGAUGGUUUGUCUUGAAAUAUGCUAGUAAUUAAUAGACCCGAAUAACUGAGAAGAAUUUGCAGCAGCUUGUAUUCAAAAAUAACAAAGAAAGUCACCAAACAGAAGCAUUAAAAAGAUUUUGAACUGAAAAUUUGCAUUUCCAUUACAGUUGUGAUAAUGUUAUUGCAAUUAUUAGUCACCAA